UAUAAAAAAAAACCCCAUCAUUUCCACCUUCAAAAUCCAAACAAAAAAUAAAAUAAUAAUAAAUAAUAAACACAAAAAAUGUCACAGCCUCUUGAUAUUCUUGGAGAUCGUCAAUCUGGCCAAGAUGUUCGCACCCAAAACAUAACUGCUUGUCAAUCUGUAUCUAAUAUUGUCAAGACUUCACUUGGGCCUGUUGGACUCGAUAAGAUGUUGGUUGACGAUAUCGGAGAUGUAACUAUCACAAAUGAUGGUGCUACAAUUCUCAAAAUGUUGGAUGUUGAGCAUCCAGCUGCCAAGGUUCUUGUUGAAUUGGCCGAGCUUCAAGAUAGAGAAGUAGGAGAUGGCACAACUUCUGUGGUCAUUAUAGCCGCUGAGUUACUCAAGAGGGCAAAUGAUCUUGUAAAGAAUAAGAUUCACCCGACAUCCGUAAUAAGUGGUUACAGACUUGCAAUGAGAGAAGCAUGCAAAUAUAUCGAGGAAAAGCUUGCAAUCAAGGUUGAUAAGCUUGGAAAAGAUUCUCUUGUGAACUGUGCAAAGACAAGCAUGUCUUCAAAACUGUUAGCAAGUGAUGAUGACUUCUUUGCAAAUUUGGUUGUUGAAGCUGUACUAGCCGUGAAGAUGACCAAUGCUCGGGGUGAAGUCAAGUACCCAAUCAAGGGAAUCAAUAUAUUAAAAGCUCAUGGAAAAAGUGCUAAAGAAAGCUACUUGAUGAAAGGUUAUGCCCUUAACACUGGACGCGCAGCACAAGGAAUGCCUAUGAGGGUUUCUCCUGCAAGGAUUGCUUGUCUCGAUUUCAAUCUCCAAAAGACAAAAAUGCAAUUGGGGGUUCAGGUUUUGGUCUCUGACCCACGUGAGUUGGAGAAGAUUCGUCAAAGAGAAUCUGAUAUGACGAAAGAACGUAUUGAAAAAAUACUAAAGGCUGGUGCUAAUGUUAUUUUAACUACCAAGGGAAUUGAUGACAUGGCACUUAAGUAUUUUGUGGAGGCUGGUGCAAUUGCCGUUAGACGGGUGCGGAAAGAGGAUUUACGCCAUGUUGCCAAGUCCACUGGUGCAACUGCGGUUUCAACGUUUGCUGACAUGGAAGGAGAAGAGACGUUUGAUUCAUCAUUCCUUGGAUAUGCAGAUGAAGUAGUGGAGGAGCGCAUUGCAGAUGAUGAUGUGAUACUGAUAAAGGGAACUAAAACAACAAGUGCAGUUUCUUUAAUUCUCCGAGGUGCUAAUGACUUCAUGCUUGAUGAAAUGGAUAGAGCUUUGCAUGAUGCUUUAUGUAUUGUCAAGAGGACCCUCGAAUCCAAUUCAGUUGUUGCUGGUGGAGGAGCAGUUGAGGCUGCAUUGUCUGUGUAUUUGGAGUACCUUGCUACAACUUUGGGAUCGCGGGAACAGCUGGCAAUUGCAGAAUUUGCUGAAUCAUUGUUGAUAAUUCCAAAGGUUCUUGCUGUCAAUGCUGCGAAGGAUGCAACGGAUUUGGUAGCCAAACUGCGUGCCUAUCACCACACUGCACAAACUAAGGCAGAUAAAAAGCAUCUAUCUAGCAUGGGUCUUGACCUAGUAAAGGGUACAGUUCGUAACAACUUGGAAGCUGGUGUUAUAGAACCUGCAAUGAGCAAGGUUAAGAUACUACAGUUCGCAACUGAAGCAGCUAUAACGAUACUCCGAAUUGAUGACAUGAUUAAACUUGCCAAGGACGAGAGUCAAGAUGGUCAGUAGACAGUUUAAGGUCAAGAGAGUUCACAUUUCUUUGAUGGAUACUGCUAAAUUUCCUCUUGCAGUUGCAACCCAAUUCAUCUUUUUGGUUAUCUGGAAAGUUUUGGUGUGAUUGAUCUUUACAGUGUAAGAUGUCUUUGUUAAACUAGAUGCUAGUCAUCGGUAUGUAGCCUUAGAUUUUGAGACGGUUCAUUUGUGAGAACUGGGAUGUUACUUGAGAUAUUUUUAGUUAUGAGAGUAAAGCUUACAUAUCUUUGAACGGGGUUUGUAACCUUCUUUACUUGAUUGAUGUUUUGAUUGUUUAA